AACCCUAGUAGCCCUCAACAGUCUCCCUCUUUAUAUGUUGUUGAGAAGACUCAGCGGAAUCUUCAUCUUCCUUUCUUCUCAUUUUUCAAUUUCAGCCCGAUAAAAAAGGUAUCUCAUAGAAAAAUGAAGAACCCGAAGGUUUUCUUUGACAUAUUGAUUGGAAAGGCAAAAUCCGGGCGUGUUGUGAUGGAAUUGUUUUCUGAUACCACUCCCAAAACUGCUGAAAAUUUCCGAGCCCUAUGCACGGGGGAGAAAGGGAUAGGAGCUUCUGGGAAGCCAUUGCAUUAUAAGGGUUCGAUAUUUCAUCGCAUUAUCCCAAAUUUCAUGUGUCAAGGAGGAGACUUUACAAGGGGUAACGGAACCGGUGGAGAAUCCAUUUAUGGUGCGAAAUUCUCAGACGAGAAUUUCAAGCUAAGGCAUACAGAGCCUGGUCUGUUAUCAAUGGCCAAUUCUGGGCCAAAUACCAAUGGAUCACAAUUCUUUAUCACGACCGCGAAGACGCCUUGGCUUGAUGGGAAACAUGUAGUGUUCGGGAAGGUCGUAGAUGGCUAUAAUGUGGUUAAGGAGAUGGAGAAUGUAGGUUCCAAUAGUGGAACUACCAAGUCGACUGUCGUGAUUGACGAUUGUGGUGAGAUAACUGAGAAAUAAUUGUUCAAAAACAGGGCACCAGGCCAUGUUUUGUUAUGGAAAAUAUAUGGUACUUGUAAGUUUUGGUGAAGGUGAAGUUAACCUUAUGUUCAUUUAUAUAAUUGGAAUAAAGCCUGAAUUGUUAAACCAUUCGAGUGGACUAUUUCUUCGUGUGGAUAGCAGCUUCCUUGUAUGGUUGAAUUGCAAGUCCAACCAACCUUUCUUUGUGAAAACUUUUGUGAUGAUUGCAUUUCAA